UGGCGUUUCCUCAAGCAGGUAGUGUCGUUGCCGAGGACCACUUUCAGAGUUUGUUGUUCGUUGCGGCGGUGGUAACAGCGGUUCAUACACGUAUCACUAACAUGAGCCGGAGUUGAAGACACUUCCGUUAAAUUUUCGCGUGUUUUUGGUGUUUAUUGGUGUUGUUGUGUGUAAAUCCCCCUAUUUAUUUAAAAUGCCGUGCUCUGCAGUCACUUUGAGUUUGGCCACGAUCACUUCCAUCAUCGCCGUCGCCUUGUUGGCCAUCGCUUUUGCCACAGAUAAUUGGCUUUACAUAGAAGUUAAGAGGACUAAUAUACAGAAUUACUUAAGUAAACAUUCGGACACGCAGAGCCAGGCGUUGUUGGAAAGUGUCAACGCGAAAUACUACUACUAUACUAGGACGAAAGGACUAUUCAGGAUAUGCUAUCCCAAAGAAAGGCCUCCCGCAGUGAAAACGUACUUGAGUCCGGUGGAGACGCAUUGUAACAACAUCAACUACUACUUGUCGGAUGAUAAUAACGAGACGAGGGACUUUACGGAUGAUGCAUGGGCUAGGUUACAUAUGGGUCGCUCCAUGAUCGCUCUGUUCAGCCUGGCCUUUGUCGCCGUCUUCGCCGCCUUCUGCACGGGAGUGACGGGCUGUUGGAGGAGGUCCCCCAGCAACAUAACGGCCACCGCAAUCCUUAUGCUGUUGGCAUGUCUGCUGAGUGCCGGCGGGAUGGGCCUAUGGCACGGCGUCGAAUACUACGAGAAAGAAAAAGUCGUCGGCGAGGAAUUUUAUCAGCAGUGGAGCAACAUCCUGCAAGAGAAUACCGAGUUUAUGUACGACUGGAGUUUCGUGUUGGGCUGGUUGGGCGUUUUCACAUCGUUGGCUGCCUCUUUCAUGUUCUUCUUUGGUUCUUGUUGCCUGAGCAACGAGAAAGAGAAGGAGCAGUUGAACAACGUACAGUACAUUAUGCCAGUGUACCCCCAAAAGCAGCAAUACGCCUAUGCAGGAUACCCCGUCCCGGCGCCCCAAGCCUACGCAGGACCAUACUACACAGCAGGAUCAGCCUACGGACCGUACAACUACUGAGAGGAACCACGAAAAUAGACUGUCUUCCAUUUUCUACAAACUAGGAUUACGUUUUUGCGACUGGAUUGCGCUUGACAAUUCAGCGGUUAAAUUCGUAACUCUACGUACUGUGGGUGAACGCCCAUCUUGUUUGUAAAUAGACGUUUAAAGUCAUUUUUUAGAAUAGGGACGACCGAGGCAGGUUGCCAUAUAGGGUUAGUUGGUAUGAGACGUAUUCUGAAUCGCUUAUUUGUGUAGAAGAAAGAAAUAACCAUCUAACAUUCCCGCUGAAUUUUUUUGUAGUUUAGACUUGCUAAUGCAACAGGUUUUCAUAAUAAAAAAAUUAAUCAUCACAUGAAAUGCUCAAACGUCGUCUAGUCGUUCUAUGAACAAUUCGCUAGAUGGUAUUGUGUAUAGUCGGCUUAGUGAACUCCGGGUGCGUAGACAUAGUGCGCAGUCCAGCAAGUCGGCUGUAUAUCUACUAUCCUGUAUGUGAUUUACGUAAAUUAAUUAACCUAAAGUAACGACUGCCUAGACAUCUUCACCAAUCAGGAAACAGUAUUUUUCAUUAGUUUGUUCAUUAACCAAUCACGAAUUAGUACUUCUGUUUUUAAUUAAUUAAUUAAUCGUUAGAUAGCAACCUGUCGCGUCCCCUACAUCAAUUAACCACGAUAUUUAAAUUGUUGUUGGAUUUUAUUGUAAAUAAUUCUGUGUUUAUUUGAUGUAGAAUAAUCUGCCAUUGUUGCAUCUACAAAUUCUACCUAUAUACUAAAUAAAUAAAUUUUAGUCACACGUAUUAACUUUGGCUUCAGUCCAAAUGAUACCUGUAUUAUGACUGUAUUGUUAGCGCGUAAUUGUAAGUUCAUAUUUAUAUAAUUAUAAAAUAUUUGUAUUUUUAUAUGUACUUACCAUAUUUUCUAGUUACUUUAUAGACCUAUUCUGCGUAAAUUUGGAGGUUUUUGUUAUCAAAAACGUUGAAUAAAUUCGUAAACUGUA